GGGCCAGACUCUCACAGCCCAGUGCAAUCUCGCUGGCUCGGGGAGCCAGGGGGUAUUUGAAGGGCCUCGGUCGUUUGUAUGACUCAGCCUGAGAACACCCUGUGUACGAGAGGCGUUUAUAUUUGGUUGCUGGUGGCACUGAACUAUGCAGACGCUCAGAUAUCCCGAGACACGGGGGUAGGGGGUGGUGGCUCAACUUAUGGUAAUGGAGACACGCUUCUGACCUGCAGGGCUCGGACAGGGCUCCCAGCAGCACGAGGUGGGACAGACUGGUUAGCACACGUAGUUAGCGCCUGUUGCAAGGCAGCACGCAAGGAAGUGUGACCUGUCAACACCUCUGCAGGCCGCCGGGGGCCCUGAAAAGAUGGGGAGGGAAGUACAAGGGGAGAGACACUUUUGCAAAACCAAGAGAUUUUAAACAUGGAGCUGCACUGGAAACUGUUAUUUAAACAACUCAGCACUCCCUGCACUGCAUGCCCGCCAGCCCUGGCAGCCGCGGGCUUGUGCAUGAGAGCCGCAAAGUGCAACUGUCUAUAAACACAAGGGAAUCCCACUUCACUAGAUCCUAGAUCUUUGCUGCAAGCUCUGAAAAUCAAUAAAUCUGUCUGCACUUAGCUGAAUGAUGGACUCUGUCAUCAGCCCGUCUCCUUUCCCCUAAACUGUUCCCCUGCACCUUCUCCCUGAUCUAUAAAAACCCAGUGGACUCUGGACUUUAUUCUGUCCCUGGAUCAGCAGCGGUGAUGCUGUGUGAAAUUUGCACUUACGUGUUAUCAUGAAGCCUCAGCGGAAAAGCAAGAGCGAAAGGGUGUUAUCUGAACAGAUCAGUGAUUAACUGGUGCUUUAGGACAAGAUUCUGAGUGUGGUGCAGUGGAAAUGUGGUUUUUUCGCAGACAUACACCAGGGUACAUGAGAGAAUGAAGCCAUUAGUGUCUGUAACUUGGGAGAUUCAUGUCCACAAAGUACUGAAGCAGCUGAUCCCAACAGCAUGCAGUCAAGGCAGAAGCCCGCUAAAUAGUCCCACGUGGGUGCACACGGGACAAGGAGUGAAAACGUGCAGGCUGGGAAGAGCAGGAAUGGAAGUUGCAUUAGUGUCUGAGACUCCUAGCAGAGUUGGGCAUCUAGCCAACUAAACGCUGAUGCAGAAAAGUCUAUCUAGCAGGAACGUACCCGGACGCUGCACAGCCCACAGAUUGAAGCCUGAGGUGCACACAUGGGUCGUUGCUCCCUGCUAGGCCGGAGCGUGAUGCAGCUGGCACCACUGCCGUUCUACAGGAAGCUCUGUUACGCCAUAGGGGGUGCUCCCUACCAAAUGACAGGAAAUGCCCUCGGGUUCUUCCUACAGAUCUUCCUCCUGGACGUUGUGCAAUUGGAACCGUUCCAUUCCUCUCUGAUCCUCUUCCUUGGGCGAGCCUGGGACGCAGUUACAGACCCCGCUGUCGGCUUCCUGAUCAGCAAGAGCCCCAGAAGGAGGCUUGGCAAGCUGAUCCCAUGGAUUGUCUCCUCCACGCCGUUCGGGGUGGUCUUCUACUGCCUGGUCUGGUCCACCCCCUCGGACACCAUGCCUGUCUCCCUCAAGUUCCUUUGGUACCUGACCAUGUACUGCUUCUUCCAGACAAGCAUGAGUUGCUAUCAUGUGCCGUAUUCCUCCCUGACCAUGUUUCUGGGAGGGAAUCAACGAGACCGGGACUCGGCCACUGCCUACACGCAAGGCGUACGUGAUCGCCUCCGUGGUCCUGGGCUCACUCUACUGCAUGGCCUGCCUGAUUCUCUUCCUCGGAGUGAAGGAGCAGCCUGGUUAGGUCACUUCUCUGGCUCCUCUUGCGAUGGUUGGGAGGUGCCCUGUGGCCAUGGCUCUGGGGGAUGGGUGCAAGUCCUGCGGGGGAGGGAGUUGGGAAUCUGCUGGCUGGGUGGGCUGUCGGGGGAGACAGUGCCUGGCCUGUGGGUGGGAAGGACGCAGGUCGAGGGGCAUGGUGCAUGCUUCAGUCUCAAGAUUUUCACCAGCCUGCAGUGUUGUGGGAGUUGGUGGCUUGUUGCUUUCCAGCCUCCUCCACCAUCCAGUUGCAUCAGCUCUGAGGAAGCUGCUUCCCUCGGCUGGGAAGGCAGAAGGAAAAAUGAGACCGCAGUAUGGCAAGGCCGGUCAGAACCCUGGUCAGGCUGGGAGGCUGGGCCAAACAUGGCGAAGGCCUCAUCAGUCACGAGGCAGCUUGGGCUAGUGUUUGCGGCUCUCGGCUUGAACGUGUACAGUAAUCACCAUCAUCCCCGUGGGGCAGGGCUGGGGGUGACUCUGCUGCAAUUCCCUUCUCACCCCUUCAGGGCCCCUCAGUCCCUUGGGAAAGACCCAGCUGCCCUUCUUUCACAGCCUGCGAAUAAUCCUGGGACAUCUGCCCUAUGUCUGGCUGCUCGGUGGCUUCCUCUUCAUGUCCCUGGCCUUCCAGAUCGCUCAGGGGAUCUUUGCCUUUUUCUGCACGCACGCUGCUGGGCUGGCUGGCAGGUUCCAGCAUUUGGUGCUCAUCAUGCUGGUUGUGGCUUCCCUCUCCAUUCCCUUCUGGCAGUGGUUCCUGGUGCGUUUUGGGAAAAAAACAGCUGUGUUCGUGGGCCUAUCAUUAAUUAUCCCUGCCCUCAUCGUUAUCACCCUAGUGAGACACAACUUCCUGCUCUUCGUCUUCAUGGUGAUAUUAGCGGGAUGCAGCAUGGCUGUCCUCUACUUGUUACCCUGGUCCAUGCUACCAGAUGCAGUGGAUGAUUUCAGGCUGAAGAACCCGAACUAUCUAAACCUGGAAGCUUUUUUCUACUCGUUCUAUGUUUUCUUCAACAAGUUUGCAGGAGG